GUGGUUCCGCCAUCUUCAAAAGCAAAGCAAAACGUAAUUUGUACCCUUUUCUGCUUCGUCUUUCCCUUCCCAACAACACCUUCACCAUCUUCAUCAUCAACAUAGUCACCACCACCAUUAACAUAACCCCAUAAAACUAUUUUUUUUUUCAAAAAUAAAAAUAAAAGACUGUUCCAGAGAGAGAACUGAAAAACACUAGCAGAUCCAUUCAUCUUCUCCACCCCACCUUCAAAAACCUCUCCUUUCUCCUUUCUCCAUUUUUUGUUAAUAAUCCUCAAAACCCUAGUCCUCGCGCAAUCCAUACGUUGUGAUCUACCUUUUUUUGUCUCUCUUAUGUCUGGGAUGUAUUCGUAUCUGGGUCUAUUCCUGUGCUUGCUUUCUGUGUGCUCCGCCGCAACCUCGUUUUCUUCACGGCGUGUGAUCCUUCGAGAGGUCAACGACAAUGGUGGUGAUCAUGCUGAUUACGCUGUUGAGCUGAAUGUUACCAAUUUCGAUGCUGUUCUGAAGGAUACCCCUGCUACUUACGCUAUUGUUGAGUUCUUUGCCCAUUGGUGCCCUGCUUGCAGGAAUUAUAAGCCUUACUAUGAAAAGGUCGCAAGGUUAUUUAAUGGCCCUGAUGCAGUGCAUCCAGGAAUAAUACUAAUGACACGGGUAGAUUGUGCAUUAAAGAUAAAUACUAAACUAUGUGAUAAGUUUUCUGUUGGUCAUUAUCCCAUGCUUUUUUGGGGGCCUCCUACUAAGUUUGUUGGUGGUGGUUGGGAACCUAAACAAGAGAAAAGCAGUAUACGUGUGAUUGAUGAUGGACGCACUGCUGAUCGGUUGCUUAAUUGGAUCAACAAACAACUAGGCAGUACAUACGGCCUGGAUGAUCAGAAGUUUGAAAAUGAGCAUCUUCCAUCCAAUAUAUCAGACUCUGAACAGGUUGCAAGAGCUAUCUAUGAUGUGGAAGAGGCAACUUCUACAGCAUUUGACAUCAUUCUAGAGCACAAGAUGAUAAAACCAGGAACUCGGGCUUCAUUAAUAAAAUUUCUUCAGCUUCUGACAGCACAUCAUCCUUCUAGGAGAUGCCGGAAGGGUACUUCAGAAUUACUUGUGAGCUUUGAUGACUUGUACCCAGCAGAUUUUGAAACACCUAAUAGGCUGGAUGAUGAUAAGGGUUCCGUUAAGAACAUAAAGAUAUGUGGAAAAGAUGUGCCUCGUGGAUACUGGAUGUUCUGCCGUGGCAGUAAGAAUGAGACCAGAGGUUUUAGUUGCGGUUUAUGGGUUCUUCUGCAUUCACUCUCUGUAAGGAUAGAGGAUGGAGAAAGUCAGUUUACAUUUAGUGCAACAUGUGAUUUUGUUCAUGACUUCUUUAUAUGCGAGGAAUGCCGACAACAUUUUUACAGGAUGUGUUCAAGUGUUUCUAGUCCUUUCAACAAAGCCCGCGACUAUGCUCUCUGGUUGUGGAGCACCCAUAAUAAGGUCAACGAAAGGUUGAUGAAAGAAGAAGCUUCUCUUGGCACUGGUGACCCGAAAUUCCCAAAGACAAUUUGGCCUCCAAAGCAACUCUGUCCUUCCUGUUAUCUAGGCAUUGACCAGAAGAAUAAUAAAAUCGAAUGGAACCAGGAUGAGGUCUUCAGGUUUUUGACUAAUUAUUACAGAAACACACUUACUGCUCUAUACAAGGACAAGAGCAUUGUUGGAAAUGAUGAGGCUGAGGUAGCCGUUGAAGAUCUGAUCGUCGCAAAUAAUGCAAUCGUGGUGCCUCUGGGAGCUGCAUUGGCAAUAGCUUUUGCCAGCUGUGCUUUUGGCGCACUUGCUUGCUACUGGCGUUCACGGCAAAAGAGUCGGAAGUAUUUCCACCGCCUAUACUCUUUAAAGACAAUAUGAUAAUUAGGAGGGUAAUAAACCUCUUUAAGAUUAACUAGGAAUAAUAACUGUAUAGCCAGAAGACAUUAAACGGCAGUAUAAGGAGAGAAAAAUUUCUAAAUUGAUGGGGCGUUGAGAUUCUCAGUUAUUUGAUGUGUUGUUUGAUUUGCUUAAUAUUUCAGGCCAAGGAGAACAUGGAAAUAGGUAUAGAAGACAUGUACACAGAAGAGAUUGGGUGCAUAUCAGCUCCUUCUGAGAGCCUUGACAAAGUGUCCAUUUUGAAUCCAUACUUGCUUGAUUGAUGUACAGAAUACAAUUCUUGCUUUUUUAGAUCAUUAUUGAUCUAUGCUACCUUCUUUCACUUUCUUUUUGGGUUGAGCUCACAUGUUGUCUAAUGUGUGGAAGUUGGGAGAAAGUAGCAAAUGACUUGUAACAUUUUUGCUGUGUAAUUGAGUUAUUUUGUACUAUCAAAGUAACUAUAUAAACUAUAAGCCAGAAUUGCAUCAUAUAUAAUUCACUUUUUAGCAAACAUUUGAAUGAAAUCACAGGAUCUCAUGGAUAAGGGUAGGCCGUAUUACUUUUAAGAGAAACUAACUGGUUUUUUAAGAGAAACUUAGUGUUUUAAUAUGAAAAUCCGGGUAAUGGAAAUUUCCCAAGCUUUGUUGUAACCAUAUACUUGCCGUGUAUUUCUCCUUUU